AGAGUUUCGUUUCUCUCUCUCUCAUCGCCAAAACAAAGCGACUUAAUAGAAUACGGAGGCGGCGGUAGUGUUGCCCCCUUUCAACGAAUCCCUGUAGCUCUUCUUCCUUCCUCUUCCGCUUCUUUCAAGACCCAUGACUAUCACAUUAGAUGCUACAAGAGCAGAGCUUGCGCUCUUGGUUUUGUAUUUGAAUAAAGCUGAAGCAAGAGAUAAGAUUUGUAGGGCUAUCCAGUAUGGCUCAAAAUUCUUGAGCAAUGGAAAGCCUGGCACCGCACAGAAUGUUGAUAAAACAACUAGCUUGGCACGUAAAGUGUUUCGACUUUUUAAGUUUGUUAACGAUCUACAUGCUCUUAUAACUCCACCAUCCCCAGGAUCUUCUCUCCCUGUCAUUUUACUUGGAAAGUCAAAAAAUGCAUUGUUGUCAACAUUCUUAUUUUUGGAUCAAAUUGUCUGGGCAAGCAGAACAGGGAUAUACAAGAAUAAAGAGCGUGCAGAGCUACUUGGCAGAAUUUCUCUUUAUUGUUGGAUGGGAUCUUCAGCAUGCACCACUUUGCUUGAGUUAGGAGAACUUGGGAGAAUAUCUUCAGCAGUGACGAAGUUAGAGAAGGAGCUGAAGCAUGUCGACAGAUCUAAGGAUGAGCAGUACCACAACAAGAUCAAGCAAUUAAAUCAAAGGCAGCUAGCUCUGAUAAAAGCCUCCAUGGAUUUUGUGGUUGCUAUUGGGCUGCUUCAACUGGCCCCAAAGAAGAUCACACCUCGAGUGACGGGAGCCCUUGGAUUCGUAACUUCUCUCAUUUCCUGUUAUCAGUUGCUUCCUGCACCAGCAAGGGAGAAGAAAGCAUGAAUGUGGCGGCAGUCUUUAAAUCUUGGAUAUUUCUAUCUGCCAAAAAAUAAUCUUAGAUGUUAUUAAGAACACUCCACAUCAGGAGGAAAGACCCAUAAAAGAUGAAAAUCCAAGUCACUGAUGUAUUCUGGAUGACCGUUGGUAGAUGUUUCUGGAAAUUACGUCUGUUUGAAUGCGUCAAGUACUUCUUAUGUAGGGUUUUGAUGCAAUACUGUUAGAAGUUUAUGCUUUUGUGCCUUCUAAUGAAAUCAAACAUUUUCCUGUGAUUC